AUGCGAUGCUCCCUGAAGCGCUCCCUCACGGUUGCGCUUGCAGCCUCCUUCCUCCUCGUCCUCAUCCUCCUCCUCCUCCAUGGGGACAGCCGGCAGCAACAGGCGGAGCUUAGGGGCUUGGCCCCAGACCCGGUCCUGCAGAUGCUGCAGCCAGAAGGAGCCCAGCACAUCCUCAGGGACACGGAUGGCCUCUCUGCACUCCACAACGUCUCCUACCACCUCCUUGCUGGCUCCCUGUCACCCCACAAAAAAUUCUUGGCGGUGGGACUGGCGUCGGUGCAGCGGCCGCGUGGCUACUACCUCCCAGCCACGCUCCAGUCCCUCUUCAAGCAGUCAACGGAGGAGGAGCUGCAGGAGAUGGUGGUGGUGGUGCACCUGGCCGACGCGGACCCCAGAUGGAACAUGCGCGUGGCCGCCAACAUCGCCCACAAGUUUGCUCACCACAUCCUCCUGGGCCGGCUCCUGCUUAUCCAUGCUCCCCAUGAGUUUUACCCCACCCUGGAGGGCCUCAAGAGAAACUAUAAUGACCCAGAGGAGCGUGUGAGGUUCAGGUCCAAGCAGAAUGUGGACUAUGCCUUCCUCCUCGCCUUUGCUGCCAACCUCUCCUCCUACUACUUGAUGAUUGAGGACGAUGUGUGGUGUGCCAAGUCCUUCCUGACGGCUAUCCGCAAGGCACUGGCUUCCCAGGAAGGCUCCAACUGGGCCACCCUUGAGUUCUCCAAGCUGGGCUACAUUGGUAAGCUCUACCGCUCCAGCGACCUUCCUCGCCUGGCUCACUUCCUCCUCCUCUUCUACCAGGAGAUGCCCUGCGACUGGCUGCUGGUCCACUUCCGCCUCCUGCUCACCCAGAAGGACGUCAUCCGCUUCAAGCCCUCCCUCUUCCAGCACAUGGGCCUCUACUCCUCCUUCCAGGGCACCGUCAAUCGGCUGGAGGAUGAUGAGUUCCAGGCCGAUGCCUUGGACCUUCCAGACAACCCGCCAGCGGCCUUG